AUGGCCUCGUGGAAUUUAAUUAUAAAUUUUUGCCAAAGUGCUCACUCGUUUUUUAUUAAUGCUAAUCUUCAUUACAAUGGCCUCAUACAAAUGAUGAUUGAUCAUUACAAGUUUAUUUUCGACGAUUAUUUACUAGAAAUUUAUGAUACACGUUGGAAACGCUAUAUUAUUCUUGAUGAAGAAUAUUUUACCAAUCUGCAAGAUCGGUUAUCGAGAACUGACGGGAGUUCAUUGAAUGGACGCAUUACUGUAAGACAAUUACCACCAAAAGAUUCCAGGAGAGAUUAUUUAUCUACCAAUCAUGUUCGUAAAAGGACUUCCUCGUUUUCAUCUCAAACAGAUGUUCUAAUCAUAUGGCUGGAUUCAUAUAUUGAACAUUCAGAUCAUUGUCAGUGUCUCAAACAUAAAUUUAGAAUAACGACUACGUUGAAUGUAGCUCGAAUCAUGUUAGAUUACGAAAUUUGUAUUGAUGAUUUAAUACAAAUACAUUCUAAAAUGCAUAAUAAUAAAAAUCUCCUGAAUAUAUUUACUAAUAAAGAUGAAUGUAUCGAGUUUCUUCAGCGACUUGAAUCAAAAGUAAAAAUUUUAUUUAUAACAUCAAAUUUAUUUUGUGAAGAAAUCGUUCCAUUAGUCAUUCAACGUGUUCAAAGUAUCUAUAUUUUAGUGCACGAUGGUUUAUUUUCUUACGAAUGGAUCUUUGAUUAUAAAUCAAACCUAUUAAUAUUUGACAACAGUCGUUGUUUACUUCGAGAUCUCGCACGAAAUUUCGUUGAAAAAGCUGAAAAUACUUCGAAAUUAUCGUUAAAACAAGCAAUUACUUUGUUAAAAUGGGCAAGGCAAUUGUAUAACCGUGCAAAUACUAUUGAUGAUCCGCCACGUUUCGAUAUUAUUUUCAAUGUCAUUGAUCGUCAAUUAGAAACAUUAGAAUUACAUUGCAUGUGUCAACAAUCAGAUAAAACUAUUAACCAUGAACAACACUAUAAAUAUGCUCUCGAAUGUGAUGAAGGUUGA